GCUGUUUAGAAUGUGGUCUAUUUGGUACACCACCGGACAAAUUAUAUAAUCUACUAACAGAAUGGACAUUGCUUCGUCGACCGUCGACACAGUCUACUGCAAGCGUGCGACCGAACCGGUCUCCUCGUAACCAUAUACAUUUCUAGCAAGUUAUCAGAGAGCAAUGGAGCGCUGGUCCGGCAAGACUGCGGUGGUGACGGGUGCCAGCGCCGGCAUCGGAGCCGCUAUUUGUGUGGCGCUCGCCAAUGCUGGAAUGACGGUCGUUGGCUUGGCUAGGAGACCACAUUUGGUUGACAAUUUGAAAAGCGAGGUGACUGGUACGGGCAGCGUGCACUCGAAACAAUGUGACGUGUCAAAGUUGGAGGACAUAUCCGUUGCCUUCCAGUGGAUCGAGGACACCUUCGGUGGGGUCGACGUGCUGGUCAACAACGCGGGCGUCUUCCACCAGGGACAGUUCACUGAUUUGGGUGACUGUGAGCUAAGUGACGAACAAAUAAUAUCGACAAUCGAUACGAACCUCAAAGGAGUGGUAUUCUGCACGCGACGAGCUCUUGCGUCGAUGAAGAAGAGAAACUUUGACGGACACAUAGUUAAUAUCAACAGCAUCGCGGGUCUGUACGUGCCGUUCUCGUCGCUGUUUAACAUCUACCCGGCCUCCAAGCACGCGGCCUGCGCCUUCACCGCCUCACUCCUCAACGAGCUCGCCGAUUACAAAAACAAAAUCAAAGUCACGAGCAUAUGUCCAGGCCUUGUGGACACAGCCAUGGCCUCAGAAGCCGCGAAGAUCUUCCCGACUCUCCGCGCGAGUGACGUCGCGGACGCCGUGCUCUAUGUCGUCUCUACACCCCCUAGCGUCAAUAUCAACGAAAUCAGUAUCUCCCCAGUAUCGGAAAAGAGGCUGUAAAAUCUACAUAGGUUGCGUAACACAAAUAUCAAAACUACACUGUAAAAGAAGAACGAUAAGUAUAGAUAAUUGAAUGAAAAAACCAUAAUUUAAAGUACCAUAACCGUUCAUGUACAUAAAAGUGACUUGACGCGGUCGUGAAUUCAAAAAUAGGCUCAUCAAAUAGGAUUCUCCAAAAACUUCCUACAUUACGAAAAGUACUUGGUCAGGGACGGAAAGGAAAUAUUAAAAAGAACAAAAUAAGGAUAAAUAAAGCUUUAUUAUGGCACAAUAGACUAAGAAGCGAGCGAUCGUCAAGGCGUGGUGAUGGCAGUCGAUGACGAGGACGAGGCGAGUCCAAGGACGCUUGUUCCAAACUGGAGGACAGCUCGCAGGAUGUCCAUCUUCAGGGUCCAGAGAGGCGAUGACGGAGACUCCGUCGGUGAAGAUGAUGAUGACGACUGCCCCCCCUGGAAAUUGGCGCAAGACUGUUAAUAUUAUAUCAGUUUAAUUUGCAAUAAUAAAAACAUAAAUCACUU